CGCCUUUAUGUGAAGUGACAUGUUCUUCUGGAGAGAAAUUCUCAUUAUUUAGUUGCAUCCAAGGUAAACUUGUUGAAGUAAAUCAGACAUUGGAGAAAUUUCCUGGACUUAUAAAAGAAAAGCCAUUGACAGAAGGUUAUAUUGCUGUCAUUCUACCAAAGCUUGAUGAAAUUGAUCAGAAUUUGGCACAGCUUAUUUGUGAGAAGGACUACAAUGGUUUAUUGAGUGGCAAUGGCUGCUGCGAUGAACAAAGUUAAUUGUGUAUUUAUUUGGAUGAAGGAAUUGUUGCCUUAUGAAAUGAAACUUGCAGUUUUCUCCGUGACCAUGGCAUUGACAGCGACCAAACACCUGGAUAUCAGAUAUGGCGUAAAACAUGUGAAGUUUAUAUUAUGGUUCUAUCAACAUAGAACGUUGGAAAAAAUAAUGGACAACUAUAAAUUGAAACAAAGGCUGGGAAAAGGCGCUCAAGGUUCUGUUUAUUUGGUGGAAAAUAAAGUAGAUGGAAAAGAAUAUGUUUUAAAAAAGGUUGAAUGUAACGAUGAAAGUGAAGCAAACAAAGCUUUUCAAGAGGCCAUGGCUUUGCAGGAUUUACAACAUCCAUUUAUUUGUGGUUACAGAGAAUUUUUCGUUACAUGGGAUAAACAGGAGUCGGCCAUGUGUGUCUGCAUUGUUAUGGAAUACUACAAAUUAGGUGAUCUGGAGAGAGUGUUGAAAAAAAGACGAUCAAAGCAGGAAUUUAUUGAAGAAAUGGUUGUAAAGAAAUGGCUUGGUCAGAUUGUCCAAGCUCUUGCGUUUGUUCACAGACACAACGUAAUUCACAGAGAUCUCAAGCCAAGUAACAUUUUUGUUACCGAAGGAUUAAACAUUAAGAUUGGAGAUUUUGGUGUUUCUACUAUCAUGGACGAUGCACGUACAAGAACAAGAACAACAGUAGGUACAAUGAACUGGAUGGCACCAGAGGUCUUGAGAGAGAGAUAUGACGAACGAAGUGACGUUUGGUCUUUGGGAUGUAUUUUACUAGAGUUAGCUACAGCUGGAUUUCUAGAUAGUGCUCAAGCAUCGAGUGUUUUAUUUGAAGUCAAACAAUCUCCUCGCGUGUUGGAAGAUAUUUUACUCAAAGUAUCCAAGUAUUAUGACUGCGGCAAAGAACUAUGUCAGACUAUUCAAAUUUUGCUGCGUCGAAAUUUUCAACAAAGACCUACAGCUUUUGAACUUUGUGAUUUACCUUUUGUGAAAGAAUGUUUUACCUUAAGUGGAAAGGUGUCUUUAAAAUUAAGACCAGAAGAAAAUGACAAAGCCAAACCAGUUCCAAAAGACAAAGGAAUCGCUGGUGUUAUUUAUUAUAUGAAAGAGAACAAGCUCUCUUCAGCGUGUCAGAUUGAAGCCUUAAAUUUUCUCGUCAUUUUAACUGGAAAAGAAGAUGUCACUCUCAAUACUCCAGUAAAGAAAGAGAUCUGUGUGACGAUGAAAAAUCAUAUGAAUGUUGCAGCAGUUCAAAUAAAGGCUUUUCAAGUGAUGAUUAAUGUUUUACCCAGAGUUGAUGAGAAAGAUGUCAUUUACACAACCACAAUGAUAUUGCCAACUCUAAUGGCAAUGAGGUCACAUGGUGGAUCACGUGACCUGCAGAAAGCCGGAUGUCAAUUGUUGAUGGGAAUUUCUGCUGAUGAAACUGCUGCUGAAUUGAUUGGGAAAUCAGGUGGAGUUCAAGAUAUUCUCGCGGCUUUACGGCUGUUUCCGAACGACAGCGAUGUAGCAACGUCCGCUUGUGCUGCCAUCUGGAGUCUCGCCGUCAAUGAAAGCAACUGUAAGAUUGUGACAGAAGAACGAGGUCUUCAAGAUAUUUGUGCGGCAAUGAAGUCACAUAACUUGAAUGUUGAUUUAAUCGAAUCUGCUUGUUCGGCCCUGUGGUCUUUAUCCAUGGAGGAUGAGAACAUUGAAGUAAUGGAAGACAAUAACACGGUCAGUUUAUUAGUUGAAGUCAUCAAGACCCACGUAAAGGUUGCUGAUGUUGUGAAAAAUGCGUGUAUGGCUUUGGCCAGUAUUGUGGAAGCUGACGAGUCUUGUGCAUAUCAACUUUUAAAUAGUGGGGGAGAGUACGGAGGAGUAACUAUAAUAGUUCAAGCUGCAAAAAUUCAUAAUGAAAACGAAAAUGUGAUGGAAAAUAUUUGCACUUUAUUUUCUGAACUCUCCGAGUAUGAUGAUGUUAUUACAGAACUAAACUCGUUAAAUGUAAUGAAAAUAUUACAUGAAGCAAAAAGGAAAUUCCAACACAACGAAGAUAUGGUCGUUUCUGUCCUGAAUUCUUUAACAAGACUGGAAGGUGGUCAACAUUCUGGUAAACGAACUGGCUCAGCAAGAUCUAAGACUCCAUCACUAAAAAAGUAAUAAAGCCUCUGGAAAAGUCCAAUAAACUCAAUAAACUGUAAAUAAUUGUUGUACUACUGUUUAAAUUGUAAAAUGACUCAAUUGCUGUUUCACAAAUUGCUUCAUCACACAAUUAUAUGAUAAUUACGCCACUUGAUAAA